UUUGUAGUUGCUUAUUAGAUUAUAUUAUGUUCAAUAACUGAAAAUAAAUAUAGUUGCUGAGGUGAUGCUUGGUGGGGAGAUAGUUGAGACUAGAUGUAAUUACAGAUCCAUCUCUUGUAACCGAGGUACGGGCACAGCAGAUAUACACAAUGGUACUGACUCUAUAGUGUACGGGGGUGGGAGGUGUGUGGUAGUGUUGACUAGAAGUGGACACCGUUACUCCACUUCACAGUAUCUUCCUACUACUAGUACUGUUAAAUCUGUGGCAUGGGUUAAACUGGACUCAGCAGAAAUAGCAGUGGUCGGGUGUGAAGAUGGUCGGGUGUACUUGUGGAAUGUGAAGAAUGUGGAUACUAUCGAGAUAUGCAAACACGGCGACUCUAUCGUGUACCUUUCUGCUAUCUUGUGUCAUGAUGUGAUUUACAUAGUGAGUAGUGGUGGUGAUUCUAUUGUUAAAGUUCAUUGCAGCAAAACCAACCAAAUAAACGAACACUCCUCCAUCACAUUACCAAGGCAAGGGUUUGCACAUUCUGUAUCAGUUACACGUGUAAAUGGCGCCGUGAUAUUGGCUAUGGGAACAGAUGAUUCCUCUGUAUCACUGUACCAUAUAUCGGACUCUGAAACAAUACUUCUCACUAAAUUAACGGGUCACGAAGACUGGGUGAGAGGGCUAGAUUUCAGAAGUACAGAGACGGGUUGUAUACUAGCUAGUGGCAGUCAGGAUCACUAUAUCAGACUGUGGAAAAUAGAGCUAGUGCAGGAGGACUUAGAUGCUAAGGGAUUCAAACUCAACGAGAAGUUGUUUCAGAUCCAAAAUAGAAAGUAUAGGUUGACAUUGGAUAAUAUUCUACUUUCUCACGAGAACUUUGUAACGUCUGUGAGGUGGAUGUCUAAUGGAAUGUUGUUAUCUUCAAGUAUGGACAAAACUCUCAUUGUAUGGCAACAGGAUACCGAAGGAAUGUGGACGGAGAGUGUGCAUGUGGGGGAGGUUGGAGGUAACAACUUAGGGCUAUACGGAGCUUUCCCCACAGCAGACUGCUCACUCAUUGUCUCCCAUGGCUUUCAGGGAGCAUUGCAAGCCUGGAGGACCACAGAGGGAGGCUGGGUCGGGGUCCCCAUGCCUGGAGGACACUUCGGUCCUGUCAAGGACCUGAGUUGGGCACCCAGCGGUAACUACCUUAUCAGUGCCAGUACUGACCAGAGUGUACGAGUGUGUGGCGAGUGGGAGGGACAGGGCUGGUAUGAAGUAGCCAGGUCUCAGGUUCACGGACACGAUCUCAGCUGUGCUAGCUUCAUUUCGGAUAGCACUUAUUUUAGUGGCAGCGAGGAGAAAGUUCUCAGGGUAUUUCAGGCUACCUCUACAUUUUUCUCCAAUGUUAACGCAAUUACGGGUAGUAACAUAGUUCCCACGGUUCCGGGCGUGAUCGGGGCUCACAUUCCUGCUUUAGGGCUGUCAAACAAAGCGAUAACCCCGGAGGACAUGAAGAGUGCAGUGGAGCACACUGGUACAGCUAAUGUCAAGGAUUACGACAUACCCUACCAGGUAGCCUUCGCUCCUGCUACUCUGGUGGAACCUCCUCUGGAGGAGGUCUUGUUGCAGAACACGCUGUGGCCGGAGUUACACAAGCUGUACGGACACGGUUACGAAGUGUACCAAUGCGCCGCCUCCCCGGACGGACGAGUCCUGGCCUCCUCCUGCAGAGCUACCCAGCUUCAGUUCGCUGCUGUGAUCCUGUGGGAAGCGGGCACCUGGACCAAGCUGGCAGAGUUACAACAUCACAAUCUUACUGUUACUAGGAUGAAGUUCUCCCCAGACAGCCGUUACCUGGUGACAGUGUCACGUGACCGUGAGUGGGCAGUUUGGGAUAUCCCCUCUCACUCCCUCCUCGCCACCUCCCCCUCUAAAGCUCACUCCAGGAUAAUCUGGGGUUGUGCUUGGUUCGGAGACUCCUCCUCCUUCGCUACCGUCUCCAGAGAUAAGAAACUGAAAGUAUGGGACGAAGAUAAGAGUGAGGGUAAGGCAUCCUGGAGGGAAGCGUGUUCGAGAACGUUCCAAAGUUCAGUAACCGCGGUGGAUAUAUCACCACGUGGUCUGAUACUAUUAGGAUUUGAAACGGGGGAUAUUUGUAUAGUGGAGAGGAGAGGUGACGUGAUAGAGUUGCUGAGCAGUCUGCCCAGACACCAGUGUGCUACCCUUACCAUUAACACAGUGCAGUGGAGACCGGGUCAGGGUAAGGGGGAGGAGGAGGAGAUGAUGUUUGCAGCUUGUUCAGAUGAUAAUUCUAUGCUCAUUAAUACUGUUUCUAUGGCACUGGAAGUAGCUCAUGAAUCAUAAUCAAUAAUUUUAAGAUUGAGUUCUAGAGAGCAUUUGAUGAGUUAGAUUACUGAAUAGAUUAAACAUUUUAUUUAUUCACAGCAGGUUUUUCUUUUUUGUGAAAUUGCCUAAUUUGGGUAUUUUUAUGGUUUUAAUUUAUUUAUUGUGUAUGAGUUUUCAAUCUUUUAGUCUUCA